AUGGAGCACUUGGUAAAGGUACGGGUACUUGUAUACUCACAGGUCAUGCUCAUACUCGUACAAGUACAACAACAACAACAUUGGGCACCAGCACCAGCACCAGCACCAGCACUAGCAUCACCAUCCGCAUCCGCACCAAAACCAGCUGGCACUGACACCGGUACUGCCACUGGCACAUCGCGAGAAACACAGCGCAAAGAGCAUGCAAUGACCCAAGCCAGAGAGCUUGAGCUUCUGCUUCGGAUCCAGUUGCCCGCUCCUCUCUCCCACGGUCCACCACCAGCUACUCAAGCUCAAGGCCAUGUUUCCAAAAUGCCACUACAACACCAAAGCGGAGGGAACAACCAAUCGGAACCCUUUCGGACAGGUACGGAAUAA